AUGAAGUUUAUGGUCAACUCAAUCAUGGGGUUUCAGAUGAAAAAGUUGUUGAUAACGUCAGGUAUUUCUGGAGCAUCGUUCAUAUGCGGUACCCAGUUUGAUUCCGACUACUUGAAGUUGUUUGCCAGAGAAGGUCAUGCAGCUACAGCAUUGGUGACACCUCCUCUUUCUUCAGUAUCAUCUGAACUGAAUACAGCGAUCGAAUUGAAGACGGCCGAACCCUGGAAAGCACCUUCUAGGUCUAGUGAGAUCAUGAAGUUUGGCUACCCUGGGUACGACAACCUUCGAACAUACGACGACUUUGUGUUGUCAUAUGAUCGCCGUACAAGGACGGCACAUUGGGUACAAGAACAUCUCACACCUGACAGAAUGACGUACGAUCCGUCAGUAGAUAGGUCAAAGUGUGCGUUUAUGCCUGAUGAAACAAUACAUCCUUACUUCAGAUCACUGAACGACGACUACUUUGUAAGUUAUAUUAGUUUGAUGUUAUAUUAUACCAACUGAACCAUCUGAGAAACAACUAAUAAUUACAAAUUCAGAGAUCCGGCUAUGACAGAGGGCAUUUAGCGCCAGCCGGCAACCAUCGAAGGACUCAAAAUGCGAUCAACCAGACCUUCUUUUUGACCAACAUGUCACCUCAAGUAGGCAAAGGAUUCAACCGCGACAAAUGGAACGAUGUGGAAAGGCACGUUAGAAGAUUGGCCAGGAAAAAUCCGAAUGUUUACAUUGUAACUGGUCCCUUAUAUCUUCCGAAACAAGAAGCUGACGGAAGUUUGUAUGUCAAGUACAAGGUAAGAGGGCCCUUACUGUCGUAUGUAACAAUCCGAAAAAACAAGUUUGUUAAUUUUUAUUUAAAUUUGUUUAAAAAAUUUUUAUAUUACCUUGUAUAAAAUUGUAUGUAUAUAUAAUCAAAUAUUUGCAGGUAAUUGGCAAGAAUCAUGUCGCCGUACCUACCCACUUUUUUAAAGUGGCGCUAAUAGAGUCAGCGCCAGAAAAAUACGAACUUGAAUGCUAUCUACUGCCUAAUGAGGUAAGCAAGACCAUUUUAACCACAACAUCUAAAAGUUUAAAAACGCUUUAUAAAACUUUAAACAAUACCGGUAUUAGCUAAGACAUACGCCUAAACUUAAAGAACAGAUUACCACCUUCAGUUUCAAAUCUUACAAACUUCAGGCAAUACCAGACGAAAAACCAAUCUCAGACUUCUUGGUACCUUUAGAAUCGAUAGAACGCGCAGCCGGUAUCUUAAUCUUCGAAAGGCUGAGCAAAGACAAGAUCAUAAAAAUCAAUGGAAAGAAAAACGGUUGGUUCUAA